CCAUUCAAUUUGAGCUUAGCUACAACUCGAACAGCACAGCGAAUUCAUUCGAAUUUUUUCGUUCAACGGGCAUAGACGUACAAGUUUGAGUUAACGGAAUACUUAAAAGAGCGGUAAAAAAGUGAAGUCAACAAACGAAAAGUGUAUACGUGUGUGCUUUUGGUUUUUUUUUUUAAACAUAAAUGAGAGCAAGAGAGUGUAUGAAUUUUGAAAACUUGGCUUAAAUCGGAGUGCCAAUAGCAUAGAACUAUAGAAGUUUGAAUAUGUGUUGUAUGUCAGUUAUUUAGACAAAUAAUAAAAAGAGAGAUAAAUUCCCGAGAGAUACAGUGAGGAGUAUCAAAUUAAAUGUGGGGAGAUCUAUAGAGAACAAAGUCUGAAUACAAUUAAGUAGUAUCUACUUGACUCUUUAAGAAGCACCAGCAGCAGCCGCAGUUUUAGUAGCUUUAGCUGUCUCGCUGUCAGUCCGCGCGCAACUGUGACAAAAGCAACAACAACAAAGAAAAGAAAAAAAAACAAAUAUAAGAUCAAGCCAAAGCAUUAAAUUAUUAAGCGUUUCUUAUUCAAUAAAACUCUUAACUACGACGACGGGCUUAGGGUGUGGUGCAAUAUUUUUCUUGUGAAGAAAAAUUUAAUUUGCUCAAAUUUAAAUAAAUAAAAGAAAAAUAACAAUACAAAUUGUAAAAAAAUGUCGUUUAGUAGAAGAAUUUCAACACAGCUGCGGUCAUCAUGUGUCCACCUUCCGACCACUAUUAUCCUUGCCACACUGAUGCUGGCAAUGUUCUUCAUUGAAGGCACGCAGGCUCAGCGAACACCCACAAUUUCAUACAUCACACAAGAACAGAUUAAGGAUGUUGGAGGCACCGUAGAAUUCGAUUGUUCGGUGCAGUAUGCCUCCGAGUACCCUGUGAUAUGGACCAAAAAUGCUGGCGAUUCCGUUUUCCUGUCGACAGGCUCCACAUUGGUCAUUAAAGAUUCGCGUUUCGCCCUGCGCUAUGAUCCCAAUUCAUCAACGUACAAACUACAAAUCAAAGAUAUCCAAGAGACUGAUGCUGGUACCUAUACCUGCCAAAUCGUGAUGUCUGUGGUGCACAAAGUCAGCGCCAAUGUUCAACUCUCUGUUAGACGUCCUCCCGUAAUCUCCGACAAUUCCACACAAUCUCUGGUGGCUAGUGAAGGCAGUGAAGUUCAAAUGGAAUGCUAUGCAAGUGGUUAUCCAACACCAACCAUCAAUUGGCGUCGUGAGAAUAACGCCAUUUUACCCACAGAUAGCGCUACCUAUGUUGGCAAUAUAUUGAAAAUCAAAUCCGUCAAAAAGGAAGAUCGUGGUACUUACUAUUGUGUCGCCGAUAAUGGAGUCAGUGUUGGAGAUCGUCGUAACAUUAAUUUGGAAGUAGAGUUUGCACCAGUCAUCACAGUGCCCCGCCCGCGUUUGGGUCAAGCCCUGCAAUACGAUAUGGAUUUGGAAUGUCACAUUGAGGCCUAUCCCCCACCAGCAAUUGUGUGGCUUAAAGAUGAUGUCCAAUUGGCCAACAAUCAACAUUACAGUAUUUCACACUUUGCCACCGCUGAUGAAUACACUGACUCCACUUUGCGUGUCAUCACCAUUGAGAAGCGUCAAUAUGGCGAUUAUGUCUGCAAAGCCGUCAAUAAGUUGGGUCAAGCUGAGGCCAGAGUUAAUUUGUUUGAAACCGUUAUACCCGUAUGUCCACCCGCUUGUGGUCAAGCUUAUUAUGGUGAUGCUGAACGUGUGGCAGCCACAUCAUUGGCCAGUGUAGGCAUAUUGCUGGCGUUUUUGUUUACCAGAUAAACAGUUGGUGAACCACAAUACUAACCAGUGAUUUAAAAACGAGUGUGUAACGCGCGAUAUAGUUAUAUAUAUAUAUAUGUACCGACAGACCAACAUACAUACAUUAAUAUGUAUUUACCAACAUGUAUCUAAAGUGAUUUAGAAACAACAGAAAAUUAGGAGUUUUGUAAAAUGUAUAACAAACGAACGACCGAAAUUGUCAUUUACCCUUAUAUGGUGAAGAACGAAGUAACAAGCAUUCCAAAAGACAUACAAACAACCCUACCUAAGUUGUUUAGUAGAGAGGUUUUAAAUUAUUAUUAUACGUCCAUAUCUCUUCUCUUUAAGUUAAAUAUCACAGUUUUAAAUUAUAAUAAGUAAUAGUAUAUACAUAAAAUGGAAAAAGCAUUGAAAUUGAUUAAUUAACCCUUAACCCGUCCGUCUAAGUAAUAUAAUUGGAAAAAUAAUAAUGCAAUGUUGGGAAAAGAAGAGGCUCAAAUGAUUUUGCCAAAUUGAAACUUGAUUUCCACCAUUCUUUUUUUUUUUUU